CCUUUUUCAGUUUUUGAGGCCCCCAAUUUUCCAAAACCCUUUUCAGUUUUCUCUCAAGAUUUUCGAGCAACGAUUGAAUGGAAGAAAAAGACGAGCUUACACAGAUUGAUAAGGUUGAAGAGGAUGAACAAGGUGUAUGCGAAGCGGAAAACGUAACAACAGAGGGAGUGGAGGAGGAGCGGUCAAAGAUGGAAGGAAUGGCAUCCAUAGCAUUGUUACCCGACGGGUCAAUUUCGGGUCAUUUUGUUCGUCUUCCUCAUUCUGUUUGUUACGGCAUUCAUGGCACUGAAUUAGCAUGUGAAAGGGAAUGCAGCAGGGGUGAGGAUUACCGGUUGGUCAAAUUAACGAUAAUCGACUUCAACAGCAAGAAAGAACAAGAUGUAGUGGUUGAAAGACGCGGUCAUGAUGCAGCACGGUUAUGUAACGUUGAUCAUGCUCAUGGAUGGGAGAAGGAUGUUGUCAAUUUGGUUGACCAGAAGCACCAGAAGAACAAGAUUGUGAUUUCGUUCGAGUGUGAAACGCUUAAGGCAGAUGAAGCAGCAGAAGAGCAUGUUAGACGGUUUAUGCCUAAAUUAACCGGUCUGGAUGCUGUCGUUAAUAUUGGGAAGAUGAGUAUCACUGGCUUGGAUUUCAACACAGUAGUGGGACCUACAGAGCAAAGUUCUUAAACUGAGGAUCCAAAUAACAUUUUCAAGCUAACAUCUGGUUGUAACUUUAAUCAUGUGAGAUUGUUAAUAAACUGAAUUGCAUGCUAUUGGUUACUAGUGUCAUGUCUUGGACUUGA